GGUUCUAAACAUUCUGUAUGGCGGUUAUUUGGGUAGUGUCAGUGACACUUUUCAUCGUGUACUCAGGAGUACAAGGUGAUAUAUCCGUCACAACGACAGUUAACCCAGUAGGACUUGUAGGGAACAAUGAAGUGGAACUUGUGUGUACAUACAAUAACUCGUCUAUGGAUAGUGUGUUCAGAAUGACAUGGAACAGGGAGUCAUCUAAAGACUCCGGAAGAUACGAACAAUUAGCAAAGUUCGAUUUUCAAGAAAAACGUUUAUCUCGGGAGACAUUAAACAACUUAACAAAUCCUUCGGUGUUCGGACGAGUUGUUCUAACCGGUCCAACAGACUCCUCACACACAGCAACAAUAAAGUUUACCAGUAUAGUGUGUGGUGACGAACGUAAAUAUCAAUGUGCUGUACGUGGAAAAAAAUCCGGAAAAUGGGUCGAUACAACCAGCGAGACCAUUAUUCUUAGAGUCAAAGCAAGCCCAAAUGUCACGUCAUUCGAUAGUGUGGGAGUUGUCCCAGUGUCGAAAAUAGAGGAGGGUCAGACAGUCCAGUUCACGUGUACCAGUAACGUUGGUCGGCCGGCCGGGAUGUUCCUGUGGACCAAGUACAGGGGUAUAUCUGAUUCCGUGGGAACAACCAUCAAGUCUGCUACACAGACAUCCCCCAGUACCGACUGUACCUACACCGGAAGUAGUGUUAUCUCCAUAGUGAUGACCAAGGACGACGAUGGCUUUAUCUUGAGGUGUACCAUACAACAGGAAACUAUAUCUGACCAAUCAAGCAAGGCCUACUAUAGACAAACGGAUCCCAUCAGAGUUUAUUAUCAAACUAGAGCACCUACCAUAACAAAGAAUCCCUCGAAGGACAUCCAUUACGAGGGCGAAGAUUUGACCUUGACCUGUGCUGCGGAGGGCAACCCUCCGCCUACCUAUAUAUGGCGACUUAACGGAGGACAGGUCGGCACUGGAUCACAGUUAUCGCUGACUGACAUAAAUAUCAACCAAUCAGGAGAUUACGUCUGCGAGGCGAAAAACUAUUUCACAGGAAAAACUUACAUUUUGUCCCAGAUGAUAAGUAUUACAAUAGAAGUACCACCACCCACCCCUGCAACUCCAGUUACUACUACAACUCCAGUGACAUCUACAACUCCAGUCACUUCUACAACUCCAGUAAAUUCUUCAACUCAGAUCACUUAUAUAGCUGUAGUAACUCCUCCUACUCGGGAUCCGUCUGAGAGGAAUGCUUCCGGAGAUGAUUUCCUGGGGAAGACGACAGAUGAUGGCGCGGGGAUGAUACUGUUGUCUAUAUCGGUGACCCUGCUUUCCAUGACCGUCGGACUUGGGAUAUUUAUUAGUCGCAACAAAAGACUUCCAUUUGUCAAAACGCCAAGGACCGACCAUUCCUCGAGGUUGCCGAUGACGCGUCCUUCAGGAAAUACGGGCGAAACGCAGGACGAAAGAUGUCAAUAUCAACAAUUGGAUAUGGCUGCUGUCGCCGGUCCGCCUAUGUAUCAGACGCUAGGACAGACACCGGACGGUAUGAAGAGAAAUUGUGAUGUGUUUAACGGGAGAUCCGAGCCUCAUAUUUACGACGAGGUUUCUAAGCCUACAACUGAUCAUACCCGACCAUACAUCAACAUCGCCUUGACCGAAGAUAAUCAUACCUACAUAGAGGUCAUUGAGAACAACUGAUUGCAUUAACUUAUUUUUAUUAAAUCUGACAUGUAGAAAGGGCGUUAGAAAUGUACAUGUUGCCCUAAUUGCAUGCUUGUUAAAGGCGACUAAAUGUAGAUGUAUUUCUAAUGAUAAUAAAUACCAUGGAAAACAGACUAAAUAUAGUAUUUACUUGUUACAACCGUGAAUAUAUCUUCCUUCAUGCUGAAUUGUAUUACAGAAUGCAAACUAAAUUCGAUACUGUCAUAUUACAACCGUGUAUAUGUGUAUUCGUCAUGCUAAUUGAUAACAUAGUAAACAGACUGAAUUUGGUAUUGUCAUAUUACAACCGUGUAUAUGUAUUCCUCAUAUAUAUUGAUGUCAUAGAAAACUUAGACUUAAAUCGAAAGAACGAAUAAACUUUUAGUUGACAAAAUCUUUGUUCAGUGUGGUGGCAAGAUUACUGGAAAAUCCAAUAAAACAUUUGGUUAUAAAAGAAGCCUCAUAGUUAAAAUAGAUAGUUAUGAGUUAGCUUCCUAAUUAAACUACAUAGUUAUAAACUAGCUCCCUAGUUAAACAAGAUAGUUAUAAACUGACAUCCUACUUAAACUAGACAGUUACAAACUAAUCUCUUAAUUCAACUAGAUUUGUAUCAACUAGACCCCUAGUUAAACACCUUUGAAGUAUAUCAUCACUGAUGAGCCAUGGAAGGACGAAACCACUGUAAGAUACAUUUUAAUUCUUGGUAUCAACACUUUUGCCGCUUAGAAUCACUGAUGAGUCCUAGAAGGACGGAAGCUGUACGAUUUAGUUGAAUUCUACGUAUCAAAGGCGCUAUGACCUUAGCAUCUAGAAGAUCAAAAAAGAUGUACGGUGGUCUUAUCGUCAGUGACUCGUCCUAGAAGUUCUGAACAGUUGUUUGAUGUCCCUAAUAUCUCUGACGAGUCCUAGAAGGAUGGAACUGUUGUAUGAUGUCCCUAAUAUCUCCGAUGAUACCUAGAAGGAAGGAACAGUUGCAUGACGUCCCUAGCAUCUAUGAUGAGUCCUAGAUUGACGGAACUGCUGUAUGGAAUCCCUAACAGCACUGCCAAGUCCUAGAAGUACGGUACAACUGUAUGAUGUCCCUUACAGCAUUGGCGAGUCCUAGAAGUAGGGAACAACUAUAUGAUGUCCCUAAGCCUUUGACUUUGUUAAUCGCAAAACUUGUUGUAUAAAAUGAUUAAGGAAGGGUUGAGGGGAAAUAUUAAAAAAAAUUUAAAUGAAAUUGUAAGAAGCUGUGUUAAAUUAAAAUGUACCAGUGAUUUCUUCAAAUGUGAUUGUGGAUUGUUUCAAGGUGAAAUUUUGUCACCUCUUCUGUUUACAUUUUUCGUUAAUGAUUUAGAAAUUGAAUUAAUAAAAAGUAACUGUUCGUCGAUAGAACUUCAAACUAUCAGUGUUUUCUUUCCUACUUAUGUAUGCAAA